AUGUCGGAAUCAAACAGGAGACAACAGCAGCCUCACCAUCAGCCGCACCAAAAUUACCAUUACCUUGAGCAACAUGCUUCACAGCAGUACGCUCAGGAUUCGAGCUAUGCUCACUACACUGAUGCAUCCUACGAGCAACAGCAGCAGCUCUACCACGCGCACGCGCAGCUAUACCCCUCUACAAACACCUAUACCCAUACAUCUGCCUCAUCCAGUCCGUAUGUACAGGGUGUUCAGUCCGAGCGCAUGUGGCCGUACAUGCACCACGCAUCUGCACCUGGCGCUGUUGGCUAUAGUGCAGCCCAAACUGCGUACCCUCCAGGCGGCGGUGGAUACCUGACUGCUGCUGACUAUGCAGCUGCAUCGGCUCACCUUUCUCCCAGUCACCUGCUGUCUAGCUCGAUGUUGUCCGGUCACAGUCCUAGGCAAAGCGCAGGUCGCUCACGUCUCAACAACUUUAUCUUUCCCUCUCAAGGUGCAAGUCCAAGUCUCGAAUCGCAGGUUGCGCACCUGGAUCUCAACGCAGGAGGAGGACGCUUUUUGCCCAAUCAGCCAGUUCUCCCUUACGCCGAUGAUACGGCGCUGGGGACCAAUUCCGGCCCGACUCAUCUUUUGAAUCAGAAGAAUGUGCUUUUUGGUCAGGGCGAACCUCGAUCCGAUAUCUCGCUUCGGUACCCACCACUGCCGAGCGUACCUGAACGAUGUGCCACGCCAUCUGUUCUGCGGUCAGACACUGGCAAAGCUUCCCUAGCCUCGGAAACUAAUGGUGCUGCAGUCGAUCCAUCCAUUCUGGAAUACGUCUCAUACCUACGACGCAUGCUUUCCGUCUACGAAAAGCGCGACGAGCUCCUACGUCUACGCACCGAAGCGGUAGGGUUUCAGCCGAAACACGCCUGGUCUGCAUGGCAAGCACAACAGACGUGCGCCAGUUUCUCGGAUCAAGACUCAUCGUCUCCGCAUCCCAUUCUCGGCGUACGCCUUCUGCAACGUCUGGACAAGCUUCAACGGGAGAACGACGAGCUUGGCCAACUCGUUUUGCAACGUGUUGAAUCGAGUGGCUCAGGCGCCGAUGAUGAAGUGGAAAGGCUUCGCGCUGAAGUUUCCGACUGUCAUCGAUUGAUCGAAGCGAUGGACACAGCGUUGUCGAGCGCAGAGGCAAAAGCGGCGGCGUCGGAACGCGCUUUGCAGGUGGCUUGUAUGACCAAUUCCACCGCCAUCUUGCCGGCGGACACGAGCGAGGUGGACGCUGGACAGUUGCGAAAUGGUGCUGCAUCGAAGGAGACAGCAUCAGCAGCGACGGUCAACAGCACUCAAGUGGGCGCCGGGAGAUCUUGCUCCAGAAAUGCAGCUACAACAAGAAGAGCAUCGAAAAGUGCCAACUCCUCCACCUCAAACCCGAAUGCAGGUAUCAAGGUUAGCUCGCAGCAGCAACAGCGCAACACGAACAAAGCCGCCAACCCAUCCACCGCCAAAUCAGGCACUGGCACAAAGACUACGCGCACCGACAAAUCUUCCGCCGCCACGUCUUUGAAUGCAAAAUCUGCCAAGAUCGCUUCCUCGACCAAGACCAAAUGA